AUGAAUGAUCACGAAACUGCUAGUACUAUUCAAGAUAUACAACACACGAUAAGAUUACCAGUUCAUCGGAGUCCUAAUAUACUACAUGGUGGUUAUUGUGCUCUUCCAUCUACACAUUAUGCAUCUUCAGUGAGGGAUGCUUACGGUGGAAAUGGGAGUACUAGCGGCGCUGGUGGUGGAGUUGGCGGCGGUGCUGGUAGAAAAAGUAGGAGAAAAUUAAAAAAGAAAAUGUGUUCACCUUGUCUUGGUGGAGGAAGUGAACAAGUUGAGUCUACUGCAAACCUAUAUUCAUCGACUGAUGAAUUGGGUUCAACUGAUGAUGAUGACCUGAAUAAUAAAUCGGAUAGAACAACAAGUCAGCAUUAUCGUCAGCAUCAGUUGAAUAGUGGUCGUAAACAACAUGAACAACAACAACAACAGCCAUAUGUAAUAUGCUUAGCUAUUGUUUUUGCCCUAUUGGACAUUCUUUUAUUGAUUGGAUUAACUCUACUGAUAUUCUUUUUCAAUUGUUCUGCUGAUGGCUGGUUGUACACAGAUCCUAGAAUCAGAUCGAUUUGUGUGACGUUAUGGGCAGACUGGAUACCUUUAUAUCAAAGAAAAUUUCAAUGCCCAGAUCUUCCACCUGGUUAUACAGAUAGUUUGAAUAGUGAAAGUUUCAACAGUGGUAUUGGUGUUGGUGGCAGCAGUUCAGGUGGCGUUGAUUCGAACACUGAUCUUAAACCUUUAUUGGAACGUAUUAAUAUCAUGAAUAGACAACCGGCUGCAUCCUCCUUUCCAGCGCUAACUUCACCGAAUCCAUUAUCGUUGUUGACAAGAUAUCAAAUGGAACGGAGUGCUGAGGUGAAUCGUGUUAAUCCUGACUACUGGGAUGGAGAUUUAGGCUUAAUGCUUCCACCGAAGCUAAUCAUCCCAUCAGCUGAACAACAUUUAUACGGACCAAGUGAUACUGUCCAGUUGCAUGGUCGCAAUUAUCCAACUGAUAAAGAAUUUAAUCAAAGACAUUUUCGAAAUGAUCAAUGGUUACAAUUAUCACAGUCACAAACUGAUAUUUAUCGUCAUCUGACUGUUAGUUCAAUAGUCACGGGAUCGAUAAUCAUACCUAUAAUAGUGAUUUGUUUUGCUGAAAUCAGUUUCUACUUUUUCAAUUGUUGUCAAAUCUGUCUGUCGAAAAGUACAAUGAGACCAUGGAGAGCUAUGAAAUUUUUUGGUCAACUUUAUCGUUUACUUAUGACAUACAUAUUUGGUCUUCUGGUAACAAUGCUGCUGGUUUGGUUAAUCAAAGUCUCAAUUGGACGUCUUCGUCCGGAUUUCAUUCAAAUCUGUCGUCCAUCAGCUAAUGUCUGUCCAAAAUGGUAUGGGCUAAUUCAAAAAACACGUCAAUCUGCAGAUGAACGUGGUGGUAUCGAAUCAGAUCCAAGACUAUUAGAUAUAAUUGUUGCUCAAUUGGCUAAACAAGGAAAAUAUUUAGUCACGGUGGCUACAACACCUUCACCAGAAUCGACUGAUGGCCAAAUACCUGAUGGAUUGUUAACUAAUGCUGAUUGUAUGGAGAAUAAUAUUUUAAAGCUUAAGGAGGCGAGAACAUCAUUUCCUUCACUGGGAGCAUCUGUUUCAAUGUAUGCAAUCAUUUUUGUCACAGUUUAUGUGACUGCACUGAUGAAAAAUUUCCGUGAUGCAUGUUUGUGUAUCCCAUUUCUAUCAUUGCUUGGUGUCAGUUUAGUCGCUCUCCUGCUUGGUAUCAACAGGGUAGUGUACAGAAACAACUGGUUUGAAGAUGUUUUAGCCGGUUGGAUUAUUGGCAUUUGUGUUGCUAUAUAUGUGUGUUUCAAAGCGUUGUACAAUCGAGAUAAAGUCAGUGACUUAACUAAUCAUGAUUUAUAUCGUCGUCUGCAUCGAAUUCAAAGUUUAAUUCAAACACACAAUGAUUAUAAACAAUCUGAGAUGAAAAUGAUGAAAUACUUGUGAUAGAAUUAAUUCAGAGGGGGUAAAUGUUUCACUUGCUCUCCCAAUCCCGCCUUCGACAUCACCAACAUCAUCAUCAUCAUCAUCGUCUGUGUCUAUAGUCAAUGGCAGGUAGAAUAUUCAAGAUUAAACGUUUUCUCAUGCGUCACAAAAAAGUGCAUCAGACAAAUAUCGAUGCCUGCAUCACACUGUAAGAUAACAGUGACUAAACAAUACUGUAUUCAAUGUCCUUGUAUGACAGCUGCGUCCAUCUCAGUGAUCGGAAUAAGUCUUCAACAGGAUUAAUCUGUCAUUUCAACAUUCGUAAACAAUAAAAAAUAUCCCUGGUGGGUGAGCACUGUGAAGACUCCCAAACUAGGACGAAACCGUUGUCCAAUACUUCGGUGCUGGUUUUCCAAUGGUUCUCUAACCGAAGUCAGCUCAUGAUGAAAUCCUGUAACCAAAAGAGAGAAAAAAACCAGUUCCGUGAAGGAACAAUAAUCUUGACGUACGAAUUCAUCUUCAAUGGCCUUACAGUUGUAUUUUUAUGUUUAUCAAAUCCUUAUAGCAGUCCAUUAUUCAAUGUGUUAUCA